AUGGGUAAGUCGCUGCGACGACAAGGCGCAGGGCACGUAAACAACGUCAUAUACAACCGGUUUGCCGAGUCUGCCCGCGUAAACUGGAUCACGAGCUACGCCGCCACGGCGGAGCCGGCUCAGCGGCAACAAUGGGAUGAGCUCAUGACGCCGAGGAGCAUUGGCCUAAUCCUCCGAAGCAUCAAAACCGACUACAAGCUUCCCAUCACCUAUCCGGACCAGGUCACGGUCAUCCAUAAGCUCUCGGUCAAGCCGGACUACGGCGCCGACAGCGUCAUCCUCGAGGCCGUGAUCCUGUCCGAGCAGCACAAGAGGAUCGCGGCAAGGUGCUUCGAAGACAUUGCCGUGUACGACUACCAAGCCGCCAAGAGGGCGCCCCUGAAAGACUUCAUGGUCGACGAGCUCCGCAAAGUGUACGACCUCCAGGAGAAGAACAAGGCGGAAAUGGACAAGCUGGCGGCAGCGAUUGAAGAAGCUGUUGGCGCUUGA